UUCUAUGAUGAGAACGAUGCCAAACUCUUCGAGCAGAUUCUGCGGGCCGAGUAUGAGUUUGAUUCACCCUAUUGGGAUGACAUCUCGGAUUCAGCCAAAGACUUCAUCCAGCACCUGAUGGAGAAGGACCCCUGCAAGCGCUUCACCUGUGAGCAAGCCCUACAGCAUCCCUGGAUCGCCGGGGACACGGCGCUUGAUAAGAACAUCCACCAGUCAGUGAGCGAGCAGAUCAAGAAGAACUUCGCAAAGAGCAAGUGGAAGCAAGCCUUCAAUGCCACGGCCGUGGUGAGGCACAUGAGGAAGCUGCAGCUGGGAACCAGCCAGGAGGGCCUCAUGCAGACAGCACCAACCAGCCCCGGAGAGCAGCCGCGGGGGGGCACCAGCAACGGGUCACACCACGGGCGUCUGCCCCCAAGCAGAGCCCAGCGUCUGCCCCCGCACUGAGCACGGCCCCACACGGACACGUCCUGGGGGGCUAGGGGGGGGCCCGGCCUUCCCAUGGGCACCGUGUGGGGUGGGGAGCUGGGGGGGGGGCACUGUGGAUACAUCCAGCCCUGAUCCCUUGAGCUGUGUGGGGCUGCUUCACACUGCAGGCUCAUAGCAGAGCUCUGCAUUGGGGCAGCCCCCAGGAGAGCCCCCCCCCCACACCCAAGCUUGGGGCUGUGUCCUGGGCCCCCCAUCACACACACCCCCCCAUCACCCCACGCCUGCCCCAGCACUGCCCCACACCCCAGCAUGAUCAAGGAGUUUUCCAAAUGGAUGUUUCUAUUUUAAUGCUUGUAAUAAAAGACAAGAGGCCAACACU